AAAAAAAAAAAAAAAAAAAGGCUGGAAUUUCCAUCUUCACGUACGAGUAAAUUUGAGAGUGAAAGCUUAGAAAUGGAAGACAACAACGGAAAGAAUGCUAGAGGUGCUGAAGAAACGUAUCUUCCAGAUGAACUCAUUACUCACCAAGUUCUUCCAUGGCUUCCCAUCAAACCCUUGAUUCAAUGUGAUUUGUUUCUUGAGAUUAUGAAACAUCCUGGAAAGCUGGCUUCUGUUCGUUUUUCGUGUGAUUUGUAUUUUGGGGAUUUUAAGCAGUUGAUCGGGUUCACAAAGGCUGGCAAAGUCUUUAUUACUCGUUCUAAUCCUGGGGUGCUUGGCUUGCUCGAUCAAUGUUCAAAGGAAACACUUGUAACGUUUGAUGAUCAGCUGUUACUUAUUGAGAGUUAUGUUCCUACCCAAAGUUCACCUCAUCCUGCAGCUGAGCUGCCUAAUGAACCUGCUGAGGGGACUUGGCCGGAAUAUCAAGUUGUCCUCUAGUUUGAUCAGACAUGAAGUUCUCUAUUGAUCUAGGCAAGUGAAGGAAGUUGGUGAUGGUGAUGGUGAAUUAGUGAUGGUGGCAUGAACUCACUUUGAUGGAAGAAAGUAUGGUGCUAAGGUGCAAAACUCAAAUUUAUGCUACCUCUGUUUUUGGUAGUUUAUAAGUCUAUAUGUAAGAUGUAACAUUUUCUUAUGCCGUGAUCCAUGAACUAGUAAAUGCUAAUGCUAAUGCUAAUGCUACAACGUGUAACUUUCGAAAUUUGUGACUUUUGCUAUGCCUUUGAAACUCUUUGCUAUGCUAGUAUGCUAUGGAUUUUGUGAUCAA